AUGGCCAUGCUUAAGAAAUUGGCAAUUAAUGUGCCUUCGGUUGAGGAACUUGAGCAAAUGCUAGGUUAUGCAAAGUUCAUGAAAGACCUUAUAACCAAGAAACGGAAGGUUAUCCAUGAACCAAAGGAUAAUAUUGUCCACUGUGGCACUAUCUCUACAAUGUCUUUAGUGCAGAAAAAGGCAGAUCCGGGAGCGUUUACUAUCCCGUGUACUAUUGGACCCCCGAAGUUCACAAAAGCACUAUGCAAUCUGGGAGCCAGUAUAAAUUUAAUGCCACUGGCUGUGUAUAAGAAAUUGGUUUUUGGGGAUCCUAGCCCAACAAAUAUGCGGUUGGUAAUGGCAGAUAGAUUUGUUAAGCGGCCUGUGGGCAUACUGCAUGAUGUUUUAGUAAAGGUAGCCGAUUUUGUUCUGCCUGCUGCUUUUGUGGUCCUAGAUUGCAAAGUGGAUUUUGAAGUGCCCAUCAUCUUGGGUAGGCUAUUACUUGCAACAGGGAGAGUGCUAGUAGACAUAGAGUUGAACGAGCUAAAGUUUAGGUUCAAUGACAAUGAAGCACGCUUGAAAAUACAUUCAUCCAUGACUCAGCAACAUAAGAUGAGUUUUUUCUUAAUCGUUGACGUCUUAUAUGAUGAUGGUAAAGGAGUAUCAACAGGUUCUCUUGGUGAAGUCUGA